AUGUCAACAAUCAAACGGGCAGUUAUCAUCGGCGGUGGCCCAGCAGGGCUAAUAUCUGCUUUGCGUCUGAAGCGGGAAAACGGAAUUGACAGCACUGUUUACGAGAUCCGUGAAAAGCCAUCAACAAUUGGUGGCGCCAUCAAUAUCCCUCCUAAUGGCAUUCGAUUGUUCAAUGAGCUUGGGCUCUACGACGCUCUCAACGCCCGAGCUGCCUCGGUCUCCUUGCUGACCGUUACCUCAGCUACACAAGGAUCUUCUCCUAUUGAACAUGAAAUGGGAGAAUCCUGCAAGAAAGCCACUGGGUUUGGCGUGUGGCGAGUGUUGAGAUCAGAUCUCAUCGACGUUCUUAUGGACGCUGUGGAACGUGAAAAAAUUCUCGUCUUAUUUGGCAAGAAAUUGACAGAUGUUAUCGAGACGAAGGAGACUGUCAAAGUCAUUUUUGCCGACGGUACUGAUGACUCGGCUGACAUCCUCCUCGGAUGUGAUGGUAUUCACUCCGCCGUACGCAAGCUGCAUGUCGACCCUCGGGUCGAGCCUGAGUAUUCCGGCGUGUCAAAUAUGUUUGCGAUAUUGCCAUCCACAGCUCUCUCCUUUCCACCGGAUGCCAAGCCGACCAUGCGAAUGAGCUUCUCCUCUGAUGGACUAUUCUCUGUCAUCCCCUGCACAGCUUCCAGCGACUAUCUAUAUUGGUUCUUCUCCCGAAAGGUUGAAAUGCCAAAGGAUGGUGGCAGUCGUGAUGGCUGGGAAGCUUUCGGUAAGAAGGACGUUGAGAAUCUCAAGUCUGGUUUGUUUGACACGCUAAAAAGCGUGGCCGGUGAAUGGGGAAAUGCUCUGAGGGGCUUAAUCUCGGCGACUGAGACCAUCAAAUUCUAUCCAAUUUACAAAAUGUCUUCAUCCUGCCAGUGGUUCACUGGCCGUUCUAUUCUGCUUGGUGAUGCUGCUCAUGCUAUGCCGCCCCAUCUUGGCCAAGGAACUUCAAUGGCAUUGGAGGAUGUUUUCUUGCUUUCGCGCCUACUCGAAAGUCAACCCAUUGAGCUGGCCGAUGCUUUCAGUCUAUAUGAAAAGAUAAGACGCCCCCGGAUUGAAAGAAUCUCCCAAGGCGCAGUUCGUUCUGGAAACCUCCGAACGAAAAUGGACUCUACUAUGUCUCAAACGCGGGAAGAGACUCUAGCCGCCCAAUGGCGCGAUAAAUCACGGAUGGACGAUUAUUCCUACAACAUUAUUGAGACAAAGCUUUGA